AUGGAACGGUCCACCGCCGACUACGCCGGCAUGGUCGCAACCAUCAUCAACGGGCUGGCCCUGCAGGACGCGCUGGAACGGCGUGGUAUCACCACCCGCACCCAGUCGGCCUUGCCCAUCCAGGCCGUCGCCGAGCCUUACAUCCGCCGCCGCGCCAUCCGCCAUCUGGAAAAGGGACGCGUAGUGCUGUUCUGCGCCGGAGCCGGCAACCCGUAUAUGUCAACCGACACCGCGUCGGCGCUGCGCGCCCUGGAGAUUGGCGCCGAGGUGCUGCUGAUGGCCAAAAACGGCGUUGACGGCGUUUACGACUCCGAUCCUCGCACCAACCCGGAAGCGGUGCGGUUCGGCAAUCUGGAGUAUCUCGAUGCCGUGAACCGACGGCUCGAAGUGAUGGACAGCACGGCAAUGACGCUGUGCAUGGACAACGAUAUGCCCAUCAUUGUUUUUGAUAUAUUUGAGCAAGGCACCAUGAGCCGGAUCCUGCGCGGGGAUGCCGUGGGCACCACCAUCAAUGGAGGCGAGCAAAAUGCCAGAGCGCAAAGGUGA